AUAAUCAAUCUAAGCCUUUUUUUCAAAAAAAGAAGAAGAAAGAAAUAAUCAAUCUGUACUCUUAUUUCAAGUAUUUAAAAUAUGAUAGAUCCAUCGACGAUGAGAUCGGUGGGUGGCGGAUAGUUGGAAAUGCUAGUUACUUUGGUGAUGACGUGUCUCAACCUUUGGGUCUCAGCCCAUAAGUUAUUAUAUGCCCAGAACAUAAACCGGGUCGGAUCAUUUGACAUAGUCGGAUCCUAUUUGGUUGGCAAAUUCUCCGACCGCAAUUCUAUUUGGUUUUAUCAUUGUCAAUACUCAUUUGAUGAUGAUCCAUCUUUUUCCAAAAUCACACAACAUAUUUCAGUGAUUUUUACACUUUGGAAUUUAUUUAUUUUUAACAGAGGAGCUGAAGAAUUCGCCUGCACCUGAUAUAGCAGUUAUGUAUUACACCGGAAGUGACUUGUACUUGUUUGGUAAGUUCAUCCUUUCAGGUUUUAUCAAUGUUCUCGAGUUCUGAAGUCAUUGUUCCUUUCACUAGUAGGAGUAUCUCAAAGUGGCUCUCUUUUGUCCCACAGAUGAAUUUCAAACAUCCAGAUCUCCCAAUACUCGAAGGCCAGUAAUGUAUAGGUCAAAUCAACUUUUGUGACUUGCUUUGGUGUUGCUUUUUAAGAUUCUCUAACGUUGUGUUGUGAUUAUGUUGGGGGCAGAGAAUUUAUACGAUGUGUUUGUGAACAUAAGAGACGAUGAAGCAGAACACUGCAAGACAAUGAGAGCAAUUGUCAGACUCUUGGAAGUCUCCGUUCUCCACACUCCAUUAUAGAAGAUAAAGAUUUGUAAUGAAGAGUCGGGAUGUGUUGUUUCUGAGGAGGCUCAUUGCGAAGGUAUCGUAGACUGCAUCAAGAAAAACAUUACAAACUAAAUCAGGAAGCAAAAUAGAUUAGUUGUAUUUACUUUAUGUUGAAGAAUAGACCUAUAUUUUAUCCAAAUAUAUACAAAAUCAUUGAAUGUAUCAUUCCCUCAAAAAGCUCUUUGGUAUUAGCGUUACCAUCUCUCUCUCUCUUCACUUUCUUGGUUUUUGUUGGGGAAAAGUGUAGAGCGAAUACGACGUCGUAUAUGGUGACAUCUCACGUGGGAAAAGCUUUGAAUCAUGCGCCCCCCCCCCCCUCCCCCCCCUUCUUUAAAAUUUACUUCUCUUCUUUUCCUUUUUCUUUUUCUGUUUUCAAAUGAUUUAUUACGCCAGAAAAUUAACUUUUUUUAAACCAUCGGUUCAUAUUACUGUAUAUGUGAACAAUAUUGAGACUUUUUUUUUUUAACUAAAAACAAUAUUGAGACUUCAUCUGCCCGGUUGCUAAAAACAUUUGAAAUCAUCCGCCAUUAUUUCAGAUUUUAGCGUUAGGUUAGUUUUGAAUAUAAUUAUCUUUGUCCGAUUAAUGAUCUCUUUAAUUGCGUUUGAAACUUUGAAAUCUGAUGGAGGAUAUCUUUAAUAAAUGAAUAAUCAAUUGUAAUUAUUCUUGGAUUUUGUCUUUAUUCAAGACUCUUUAAACACUUUUUUUGUUUAAAAUGAAAAAAAAUAAGACGUACAGUUACAGAAACAGCAUUAACUUUUUCGUAAAAUAAUAUUCCUUUCACUUCCAGUAGGAUUUUUUUUUGUUUGUUUCUACCCGAAAUUCAGAAGAACUAACAUUAUAGUUUUAUUUAAAAAACAAAAAAAUAACAUUAUAGUGCCAUCAUAGCGUACGGCUUCGUCUGGUGAUCAAUUCACUAAUAAACCUUUUUGACAAAAAAAUCUAAGUAUAAAAUAAUAUAGAAAAUAUUUUUAAAAUUGAUAAUCACAUAGAUUUGUUUCUGAAAACAAAACUCAACUUUAUGCUAGUUUAAAUUCUAUAACAUUUGAUUCCUCUAUUGGAGAAUUUUUAUUUAAUUUGAGUGUGAUUCCCCUAAUUUAUAUGUUUAAAAUACUACUAAUUCGUGGGACCCAAUAAUAUAUUCGGAAACAACUUUGACCCAAAAAGAUAUAUAAUUCGUUUUUAAAGAAAAAUGAAAAGCAAAAGAAGCUCUGAAAAAGCCUUUAUAAUCUCAUCACAAUCAUCGCUACACCCAAAGAUCUCAACAAUCUCUCCCCCAUCCCAUAGUGUGAUCCUGUUUCACUAUCAGAGAGCUUCUUUAGAGAGUUUGUUAUAACUGACUGAGUCGAGAUAAUGAGUGAACUCGAACGCGGAACGAGUCAGAUGACGACAACAGAGACACACCGCACGACGACGUUUCUUGACUUGCUCCGACGCCAGAUGAGCGGUGUGGAUCGCACAAGGAGGAAGCGGACUCUCAAAGAACGGUUGAGAUUCAAAUGCAUCGGAUGCUGUGGGCCCAUUAGGCGUCUCCAUCAGCCCAACAAUACUCUCCACAGUCCAACAACCUCAAGCGAAGACGAACUCGAAACCCGAUUCGCUCCCGGGUCGGGUUCGGGUAUGAACCUCGCGACGGCGUUAGAGGCGGAGAGAUAUAACCGGGGAGAUCAGACGGAGGUCGACAUGACGCCGACGAGAGUGUCGCUGAUGAGAUUGCUGGAUGAGACGGCGGAGAGAGCCGUUGAUGACGGAGGAGAGACGGAGAUAUUGACGGCGUUAACGGGGAAUGAUACGGUGUGCUGCGUGUGUAUGGGAAGAAAGAGAGGCGCUGCGUUUAUCCCAUGUGGACACACUUUUUGCAGAGUUUGCUCCAGAGAGCUGUGGCUGAACCGGGGCUCGUGUCCUCUUUGCAACCGUCCGAUCGUCGAGAUCCUUGACAUAUUCUGAAACGAAUCGGACGGGUCAAAGUUCUCGAUCAGUGUGAGUAACUACAUUGAGUGUGAUAGGCGUCGAGACAAAGUUUUAUUACGGUUUGUACUUUUGUUCGUUUCUUUUGUUUCUGAGAAAGCUGAUGUAAAUGCGAAAAGAAAUGCGAGAGAUUCUGUUCACAAGGCCCAUUAAAUCUAAAUCUAAAGCCCAAUAAUAUGUCCU